UGGCGCGUCACGCGUGACGUACAGGGGCAGUGCGACUAGUGAGCGGUGACAUCAUCUCCAGGCGCCGGAAGCGACGGCCUAGCCGGUGUCUGCUCCCCGCCUGCCUGGGGCUGGGCACUAUGAGCGCAGAUGAUGAGCUAAAUCUCUUAGUCAUCAUUGUUGACACCAAUCCUAUCUGGUGGGGGAAGAAAGCGCUAGGAGAAUCAGAGUUUACAUUAUCAAAAUGCCUGGAUGCAGUAAUGGUGAUGGGAAAUUCACAUCUGUUUAUGAAUCGCAGCAACAAACUUGCUGUAAUAGCAAGUCAUACUCAAGAAAGUCGUUUCUUGUACCCUGGAAAGCACUGGGCAUUUGCAGAUCUCUUUGGAGACGGUGGUAGUUUCGUAGAAUCUAAUUGCUCUGGCAGCAAAGAUGGAAAAUAUGAACUAUUAACUGCAAUAAAUGAAAUAAUCACAGAGGAGAUUAAGGACCUGAUGACAAAAACUGACAUGAAGGGCCAGCAAACGGAAACUUUGUUGGCAGGAUCACUUGCUAAAGCACUUUGUUAUAUUCACAGGAUGAACAAGGAAGUGAAAGCCAGCCAAGAAAUUAAAUCAAGAAUUUUGGUCAUAAAAGCUGCAGAAGACAGUGCAUUGCAGUAUAUGAAUUUCAUGAAUGUGAUCUUUGCAGCACAGAAACAGAAUAUUUUGAUUGAUGCCUGUGUUUUGGACUCUGAUUCAGGACUCUUACAGCAGUGUGCUUUCCAGGCUUGUGACAUUACAGGAGGCAUAUACUUGAAAGUGCCCCGGAUGCCAUCCCUUUUGCAGUAUUUGCUGUGGGUAUUUCUUCCUGAUCAAGAGCAAAGGUCCCAACUAAUCCUUCCACCCCCCAUUCAUGUUGACUAUCGAGCGGCUUGCUUCUGUCAUCGAAAUCUCAUUGAAAUAGGUUAUGUCUGCUCUGUGUGUUUGUCAAUAUUCUGCAACUUCAGCCCUAUUUGUAGCACAUGCGAGACUGCUUUUAAGAUUUCGUUACCACCUGUCAUGAAGGCCAAGAAAAAGAAACUAAAACUAGCUAUAUAGCAACAUUAUAGAAAUACACCAACCAUUACCUCCUGCAUGUAAUUCCAUGAAACAGCAUGUAGUUGAGAAGGUGGCAUUUUUUAAUAGGUGUGAAAGAAAUAAUUGUUCAAAGUGUUCAAAUCUAUGUUGCUAAACAUUUAAAAACAUCACACAUGGUAUAUGCACCAUCCCUGUAAGCAACAAAUGGUUGUAUUGGUGCAUGCUCUGUAUUAUUUUAAAAUCAAAUCUCCUAUUUGUGACUAUCAGGAGCCAGAAACUGCUUGUAUAAAGCAGAAGGUGCACUUACCAUCAUAGAACAACAUAAUAGCAUUCCUAAAUCAGUUUACAGUCAGACAGAGAAUGCAAAUACUUAGGCCCUGAUCCUGCAUGCAUGUUAAAGUUGAAGGUAAGCAUGGCUGUAUGUGUUUGCAGGAUCUAGGUUGUAGUGUUAUGGAUGGAUUCUGUAGUUCUUUUCAACACGGUUUGUUUUUCAAUUUCAUUUGUGAAGAGGCAAGUCUGAUUUUUUUUUUCUUUUUCCCCCACUAAAUUCCCUUUUAGUGGGUAUUAUCUACUUUAAGUGUGUUUUAUUCUUUUCUCACUUUGAUAUCGUCUCCCCAAAACACAAGUAUAUUGAAGAUUAUUCAGGUGAAUAAUUUUAUUACGAGGUUAUACAGAUGAGUAAUUUUCCUUUUGAAAUUCAAUAACAAAAGCAUCUGUGUAUUUUUUUUUCUCACUCAUGUGUAGGGAUUUGUUUUUACGAUAUUUUGAAACUGGAAAACAGUUUAAUUGUCUGAAAUCUGAUAGCAAGUUUCUUUUUUAGAUUUGACUAGCACUGAAGAAAGAUAAUGUAGGAAGGCCUUUGUUAUGAAUUGAUUUUUUUUCUGUAUCUCAGCAGGUGAAACCACGGUGCAUGUUCUCAGUUUUCCAAACCUAUUGUGUUUAAACCAAACAAAAAAUUUAAUUCUCUAUUUUUAAUUCCCUGUUUUUAAUCCGUAACUGUGUCUUUUGGUGUUUUAAUAUAUAUUUAAUAAUUGUUGUACUACUCAGAGGCAAUAUGGGAAUAAUUGUUUUCUAGGUAGAAAACAGAACUGUAGAUAAAUUCUUUUUUUUAAUGGUAUAUGCAGGAGAUGAUGAUUUAUAAUAUUUUCAUCAGGUUUUUGCCUGUGUUACCAUUUUACUGAAAAUGCCAGUCUUUUACUGGCUCAUUUAAUAGCUAAAUGCAAUUUUAUAUGAACACUGUAUUUAUAGUUUGCUUUAUAUAAAUAUUUGUAAUAAAGUGACUUAAAAAAGAAAAAAAAGGCCUUUUUUCCCUUUAUCUUCCCUUUUAUAACCUUAAAGGCAAAAUCAUCAAAGGUUAAUUUAGUAUGAGGGUCUACACCAAACAAGGCAUCUUGCAUACUGCUGAGUAUCUUGAUGAAUAUUUAGCCUCAAACAUGUGCAACAAAGAGGGCAAUGUGGGCCCUUGCAAUGUAAAAUUAGGUGUGGUUUGUAAACUCUAAGUACUGUUGGUACAUACUGUUACUCCUGAGGGCAUUCUGCGCCAAAAAAAAUUAAAAUUCUGUGCACAAUAUUUUAAAAUUCUUCAAAUGUGAAUAAAUAUGGAGGCUCCAGCGUGGCACAGGGGAGCACAGGCCACUGGCUGCACAGAGGUGGGAGAUCACUGUGCAGCACCCCCUGGGACAUGGACUCAGCAGUGAGGCUGCACCCAACCCUGACACAGCGCAAGGACUGGGCCUGCCCCAGAAGCACCCCGGCUGGGUCUUUCCAGUCCCACCCCCUGCCCCACAGUGAUUUAACUCUCUGCUGGCUGCCCUGGGCACCCAAACAUACUACUGGGGAGGGUCAGAUGACCGCUCUUGUGGCUUCCCUUUGCUUCCCUGUCAGAAAGUCAUUGUUCUGCAGGGAAGCAAAGAAAUCUGUGGGGGCAUAAAUUCUGCACAUGCACAGUGGUGCAGAAUUCCCCCAAGAGUAAUACUGAAUAUGUAUUUAUUUAGAUUUAAGAAAGAUGCCUUUACAAGAGCUCUAGAUACCCUGACACUUAAUUUUACCACUGCACAAAACAGCCACUAGCAAGGCCAUUGCUGUGAAGACAUUUGCAUGCCCCAGGGACAUGGCCUGGAAUAGCUACUGCAGAGGGAGCUGUUUUGCAAGAGCUGGGCCAGAAUAGCUCCUGUGUGUACGCUAUUCCAGAAGAAAAGACACUGGGUCUAGACCAGCAGGUCUCAAACUUCAUUGGACCGUGACAACAAAAAUUACUACACUACCUACUCCUGGGAAUUCUGUGCCAAAAAAUUAAAAAUUCUGUGCACAGAAUUUUAAAAUUCUGCAAAAUUCUGUACAUUUUGGUCAAAAUAACACUAUGAUCAAGCUGGUUUCAAUUAUUUUGUUAAUUUAUUUAAACUACAAUACAAUGUGGGAGUGGGGAGCAUUGGAGGAAAUCACCAAACCCCUCUGUUUAAUAGUAAUGUAGCCAGUAUUGAUCCUUUACUUAUUAGUCAACAGAUAUAUGCAGCCAUAUGCUCAAUGUUACAUCAUAGGCAACUGAAGAGCAAUUGAGGGCUGGGGACCCAAACUCACAAUUUAUGCUGACUAUCUCCAAAAAUGUAAAUUCAUGGAGCACAUUUUGACAGGAAAUUUUUUGUCCAAAAAUUUAGACCAGUUCUAAUCACUAAAGCACCAUGAGCAUUUAUAAAGCCAUACUGUUCUUUACAAUAAGGCUCCUUUACACCACUCUGGCAAUGUAAAGGAGCCUUAAAAUGUUUACAUUGGUUUUAUACUGGGGGAAUUCACUAAUGUUAGGCCUGAAUGAAAAUAUAGCAGACAAAAGAGUUAUGCCAACCUGACUGAAGUCAGGCUAACAGAGGUUUCUGGGUAAUCCCAGAGUGGAAAAGUACUGAGAAGCAGCAUUGUUUUACAGAGCCCUGGAAAACGUGAGAUAAGCCAGGGAUUGCAUUCCUGGCAUAGCAUUAGCUGUGCUAAGGACAGUGUUUGAAGAACUGAUAAGAAACUAGCAUCCCACGCUUCAGAUUCUAACUCUCUGGUUGAGUUAUAGGUUUGUUUAAAACUCCCCUGUAUUUCUAACUUUUGGGUGGUGUUAAGAUAUAAUUAAUAAUCUAAAGUUGUAGACAAAGUCUAGGCAUGUGUGUAUAUUAAAAGUGUCUAGUUUUAAGUUGUUAAACAAAGGGGGGUGGGUU